AUGGCUUCCGACGAAAUCGUGUGGUCCAUCAUCGGGACCGACUUCUGCAGCUACAAGCUGAAGACGACGAAAGACCAGACCUUCUGUCGCAAUGAGCACAACGUCUCUGGCUUCUGCAGCAAGCAGUCCUGCCCACUCGCCAACUCUCGCUACGCCACCAUACGCUCCGACCCCAAGACCGGCGAUCUCUACCUGUACAUCAAGGCCAUCGAGCGUGCCCACCUGCCCAACAAGUGGUGGGAGCGCAUAAAGCUGCCCAAGAACUACACCAAGGCGCUCGAAAUGGUCGACUCGCACCUGCAGUACUUCCCCAAGUUCCUCGUCCACAAGAACAAGCAGCGCUUGACGAGGUUAACCCAAGUCAACAUCCGCAUCAAAAAGCUGGCCAAGGAGGAAGACCGCCUUGGUGAGAGGCUGGUGCCCCGCCUGGCACCCAAGGUCAGGAGGCGCGAGGAUGCAAGGGAGAGGAAGGCGCUGGCUGCUGCAAAGGUCGAGCGCUCCAUCGAGCGUGUCUUGAUCGACCGUCUUCGCUCGGGCGCUUACGGAGACCGCCCGCUCAACGUCGAGCCGAAUGUCUGGAAGCGAGUCAUGAAGGGCCUGGAGAAGGAAGGCCAGCUCGAGCGCGACCAGGAUCUCGACGACGGGGAGCUGGAAGAGGACGAAGAGGAGAACGAGUACGAGUACGAGAAUGGCGUCGGCGAAGUCGAGUAUGUGAGCGACAUCGAGGGCGAGUCAGACGACGAGAUGGAAGACUUCGAGGAUUGGGUUGGUGGGCAGAGCCCAGACGAAGGCUCAGGCGACGACAGUGCGAGUGCGAGUGCAAGUGGAAGCGAGCAAGAGGAUGAGUCUGAGGGCGAGGACAACGAAGCUCUCAAGAAGGCGCUCGCCAACCUGAAGAGAAAACGCCCAGCUGCACCUCCAUCCAAGCCGAAGAAGAAGCCUGCAAGGGAUCCCAAGGCAGCGAAGCGCGAAAUCGAGUACGAAAUCGAGAGAGAGCCCGCCGCUCGAGAGACUCUACGCAACUAA